AUGAAUGCUCAACGUUUGUCAAAGGAACAAAAUCAGAAUAAACAAUCUUUUUCAUCAUAUGUAUCUGACCCUGAGCUACAUACAAAAGAUACAACUGGAUCCCGGGAAAUUGAGUCAAAACCCCCUAACUUCGUUUCCUACCGCUGUAAAAGGCCUAGAGAAAGCAACUCCCCUACUUCGCAGUUUGCUAGUUUCCAGGAGGAAAUGAAAGAAAUGAUUUUAGCAUUAGCUGCAGAGCAAAAACGGGACCUGGCGGGGAUCGCAAGCAGUCUAACGGAAAUCUCUUCAUCUCAUCUCGUCCUUGACAUCUCAAAA